CAAAAAGUGUUGUUUGCUGCUGAUAGUUUUGCUGUUAUUUUUCAGUUUUCGCAUUUAACUUAAAAAUAAUUUAAAGCACAUCUGUCAGAAAGUUUAAUAAUUGUUAAUUGACCUGAAAAACGCUUAUUUAUUAAAUAUGUCGGGACGAGGGAGAUAUCGUGGUAAGCGGCAUGACAACCAUCACACGCUGUCAGCAGUAGCAAAAGAGACUGUGAGCUCUCUUUCAAGCGAUAGUCCCGUGCUGGCUAUGUUUAAAUCGAUCUCCAACAAACUGAACGGUCGUCAGGAUAGGCAUGAGAGACUGGUCAAACUCUCGAGAGACAUAACAAUUGAGAGCAAGAGGAUCAUAUUCCUUUUACAUUCAGCUAUCACUGAGGAGGCAGCCCAAAAAGCAGUCAAAGAAGCUAAUGAAAGAUUACAAAAACUAAUAAAUGGUCCAAUCAAAAACAUUGCUUUGGAACUUGAGAAUAGCCCAGCGUACUUACAUAGCCGUGCUGUGACUGCAGGAUUUCAAGAGUUUAUUGAAGCCAGAACUUUCUGUUCACUCAUGGAAAAUAAAGAAAUUAUACCAUGGGCUGAUGUUCAGAAGGAACUUACGUAUACAGUGAAGUCCACAGAAGAUGAAGGGAUAGAAAGAAGUGUUGUUACAAUGUUAACACCCAACGAUUACAUGUUGGGAAUAGCUGAUCUCACUGGAGAGUUGAUGAGGAAGGCCAUCAAUAGUAUAUCCAGCGGUGACAGCAAAGAAUGCUUCUAUGCAUGUCAGGUCGUUAGGGAACUGUAUACAGGAUAUCUAGGUUUGUUUGGUGCAGGCAAAGACUUAGGUCGAAAGAUGUCUGUGACCCGAGCCAACGUAUUUAAGGUUGAGACUGCAGUGUACGCGCUACAGGUGCGAGGCGGUGAAGCACCACCCACACUGCUUGUGGCCAACAAGCAGGAUUGGGAGCACCGAGAGCAUUCCGACGAUGAGGGAUACUUUUGAGUUUAAUAAUACAUAAAAAAUGUUUUACAAAAGCUUUUA